UCCUCCUCAGUAUGUACGCAUGUCUCACACACACCUGGCACUGCCUAUGUGUAGUGUCUCUAUCUCGGGGUUUGUCCUGCAUGCUGUCUCUCCGAGAAGGACUAUCGUUUUGCAAUCGUUGUGGCUCUAGCAUUCUAAUGGGUUUGUUGCUGUGUCCCACUGGGGAACCAGAUUACAGGGGGUUUUCCUUUUUCACAAAUGCUUCAGUGUAGACCAUGUCUAGAAAGCUAGAAUCGUUAUCUAUCGAAGGAACCUGUGAGAAACCGUCUGAGACUGCAGUUUCGAUUUUGUUCAGAUCAGAGGUUUGAUAUCCUUUCAUUAACCACUGUUGGGUGACAAAUCCAAGGUCUCGUACUGAGUCUGAAACUGUACAGCACUGACUAAUAACCUGCAGAGAAUUUACUUAGUUGAACUGAGUACUGUAGUCUAUGCUAUACACACGCAUCCAAAUAUCAGGGACACACUUACCUGCCACUUUAAUAGGAACAUGUGUCAUUUUGCUUAUUCAUGUUCUUGAUAAACCAAUGCCGGCAGCGUGAUGGAUAAAAUCAUGCAGAUAGGCAAGAGCUUCAGUUAAUGUUCACAUCAAACAUUAGAGCAGGGAAAAUAUGUCUCUGUGAUUUUGAUUGUGGUAUGAAUGUUGGCUCCAGAUGGUCUGCUUUGAUUAUUUCAAGAAACUGUUGAUCUUGCUGCCAUAUAUAUGUUUACAACCAUAUAUGUUAUUAGAUACCUGGUUUUACUGUUUCUCAAGUUUGCACAUUCCAUUUUGUUAUGUUACACAUUGUUGUUUUUCGGCGCUAUGUGUCCUGUCUUGUGUUGUUUUUUUGGACGUCCAGUUUCUGCACUGACUUGUCUUUGCACUGUUUGCACCUGGUUUCACUUUAUGUAGCUAGGACAAACUUCUGUCCCUAGCUCUGUGUUGUUGUUUCUGUUUUGUAAUUAUAUGUUGUAUGUUGUCUAUGUACCACCAGGGUCCUGGAUAAACGUUUCAUUACAGCCAAAUGUGGUUGAAAUGACAAUAAAGCUUCUUGACUUGACUUGACUUGACUUGACUUUCUAGGAUUUUCACAGAAUGAUGUAAAAAAAAAUACAGUGAGCAACAGUUCUGCAAAUGGAAAUGCCUGGUUGGUAAAAAGGAUGAGAAGACAAUUCCCCGAUGACAGGAAUACUACAACAAGUAACAUAACCACUGUCUACAGCCAUGAGUCACCUUGUCUGUCAAAGAGGCAUAUCCUUUUGCUGGGUUAUCACAGCUCUGGCAAAACCUCAUCCUGCAUCACCAUUACUGGCCAAGAGGAUCUACAGGUCAGGCCUUGCACAGAAGAACCCGUUCUUUGCAUGAAGACAUUGGGAAGCAGUCUCCUUUUUGUGGUGGACACUCCUGGAUGGAAUAUGGAUAAUGAAGAUGCAGCAGGAGAAAAGCUGGACAGCCAGAACUCCACAAUGGCCCAUAUCAGGCAUCUGUGUUAUCCAGGUAUCCAUGCUGUCCUGCUAGUGGUGCCAAUUGGAGAGCCGUUUACUGAACUCCACAGGAAGGGCAUGGUGGAUCGCGUGGAGGCAGCCGGGACAGACGUGUGGAAGUUCUCUAUAGUGUUGUUCACCAGGGCAGACAGGCUCUGGGGCAACGGUGUAGAAGAGUUUAUCACAGAAGGUGGAAUGGCCCUUCAGAGACUGGUGGACAAAUGUGGGAACCGAUAUCAUGCUCUGGACAACAGCUGCACUGACAACAGCACACAAGUUGAUGAGCUUCUGCAAAAGUUGGAAGAGAUGCUGAAGGAGAAUGAGGGAUCCUUCUUUGCAAUGAAUGAGAGGAUUGUUACACCUUCAAGCGAAUGGAUGGUCCAAGGAGAAGAGAGACAGCAAAUGAUCACAGGUGAUACAGAGGUGAUGUCACCCAUGUUUAGAUCACCACCACGAGAACUGCGCAUGUUGUUAGUGGGAUGGCAAGGUUCAGGCAAAAGUUCAGCAGGAAACAUGAUCUUGGGUGAACGCAAGUUUGAAUCAGGUUUUCAUACUGAAGUGUCCUUGCGCCGUCAGGCUCACGUUAAUGGGCGGCGUGUGACAAUAGUGGACACACCAGGCUGGGACUGGUUUUCUGUCCAUCGCACACCUCGUCACAUCAGAAAGGAAAUCAAACGAGGGGCGGGGCUGCUUCACCCUGGACCACAUGCUCUCUUACUGGUCAUUCCUGUCAUUUCCACCCUCACUUCCCGGAAGAGACGAGCCCUUAAAAGUCAUUUGGAGAUGUUUGGUGAGGACGCCUCUCUCCACACCAUAGUACUGUUCUCUUGUGGUGACUGGCUGGGCUGUACACCAAUCGAGGAGCAUCUCCAAAGGGAUGGUGGACAAUUGUUGAGGCUGAUGGAGCACUGCCUGAACUUCUACCAUGUGCUGGACAGCACUAAUUCAAAGAGAGGUCAAGAGCAGGUGGGCGAGCUUCUGCUUAAAGUAGAAGAAAUGGUGGCACAGAAUGAAGAACAGCCGUUCUUACCUGUCAAAUUGUAUGAAGAACAAGACAACCAGACAUUGUGUGAGAAAUGCACUCUGCAGUGAAAAGAAAAAAAAAAACCCCGAAUAAACAACAAAUGUACACACUAUACAGAGAUUACAUGAUGAAGAGUUUACUUGCAUAAUCAGGCUGGAGUUAUUUUUGCAUUCCAAACACGAUUCGCAUCAAAUUUGCUGCAAUUCCUCGGAAAAGUACAACAAAACGCUCAAAAGGGUCAGUAAAGGGGGGUUUGUGAAGAUACUUGAAUUGGGAUGAGUGAGGUGUGCUCAUUUUUAAAAUAUUGGCUUUAUUACUUAUCUAAAGUGCUUUAUUUUUCUGUAUCCUAAGUGUAUAUAUUCAUGAAAUAAAGAAGCAUGUUUUACUUUUAUCUAUUACUUUUCAUGUAUACCAUUGUGUCUUACCGUAUAGUCACUUACUAGAAAAGUUUCUAAAUGGAUUUUGUGAUAUGAAUAUUGCACUGUUUGUAAUUUCACUCGAAAGUGUCAUUAGUAGUAACUAAUAAUAGUGUUAAAGCUUAUAUCGGUGGACAUGUUGCUACUCUGAUAGCUCAGAAACUGAAUAUAUAGUAGCACUAUAAUAAACAUCAGGGCAUCGUGUGUUUCCCAGCAAUCAUCACAGCUUUUAAUAAAGCAGAUAUCCAGCCCCAAAAUACAGCACUUCUAUUUAUGUGUCAGACCUUAAUAGUGUUUUGCUACUGCAUUUUUUGCACAUACUCUUUUGGAAGAAAUAAAAGUUCUUGUUUUAAAAGGGUCCAAA